CGGUUCCUCUUGCGGAUGGGAGAGACACGGAACCGGAGGAAAGCAGGCGGUGUCCCGGAGCUGUCCCGUCUUCCUCCACGCCACUGCGUUUCCACAGUGCUGAGCCAGGGGCCCGGCAAAGCUGCCUGGCUCCUUUUAUGAACAACAAAACCGUGAUGAAGGCAACAGGAGUCAGAAAACCAUUCAUUGCAGGAAGCCCCAGUAUCCGGUGAGAAAUAAGAAAUACAACAGCACAGGAUGCGCCUUGGGUCAGGGGGACGUGAGCAGCCUCUGUGUCCUUCUCUGUGCUGGAGCAGCUGCCGCUCAGCCCUCGGCUCCCCUCAGGGCACAGCUGGGGACCCAGAUAGACGCUCCAGUCGCUGUUAUCACCUCCGCCGAGGCGGACGCAGAGGUGGAAUGGCCACCGGCCCGCUGCUGCUGCUGCUGCUGUUCCUGGGCCAGCCCUGGGCUGGGGCCGGAGACGACAGGGACCCCGUGGUCUGCGCGGGGACCGCCUGCUACACAGCCCACUGGGGCAAGCUGAGCGCGGCCGAGGCCCAGAGCAACUGCAGCCAGAAGGGGGGCAACCUGGCCACAGUGAAGAGCGAGGAGGAGGCCCAGCACGUCCGGGAAGCCCUGGCCCAGCUCCUGCGUCUGCUGCAGGAACCCCUGGCCGUGAGGAUGGGCAAGUUCUGGAUCGGGCUGCACCGAGAGAAGGGCAAGUGCUUGGACCCCAGCCUGCCGCUGAAGGGCUUUAGCUGGGUGGGCGGCGGGGGGGACACGCCUUACGCCAACUGGCACAAGGAGGUCCGGAGCUCGUGCAUCUCCAAGCGCUGCGUGUCCCUGCUACUGGACCUGUCCGUGCCGCUCCCCGCCGGCCGCCUCCCCAAGUGGUCAGAGGGCCCAUGUGGGAGCCCCGGCUCGCCCGGAAGUAACAUCGAGGGCUUCGUGUGCAAGUUCAGCUUCAAAGGCAUGUGCCGGCCCCUGGCCCUGGGGGGCCCAGGCCAGGUGACCUACGUCACCCCCUUCCAGGCUGUCAGCUCCUCCCUGGACACUGUGCCUUUUGCCUCUGGGGCUGAUGUGACCUGUGGGGACGGGGACGAGACUACGAGCCAUUAUUUCCUGUGCAAGGAGAAGGACCCCGACGUGUUUGAUUGGGGCAGCUCGGGCCCCCUUUGUGUCAGCCCCAAGCACGGCUGCGACUUCAACAACGGGGGCUGCCAGCAGGAGUGCUUCGAGGGGGGCGACGGCUCCUUCCGCUGCGGCUGCCGGCCGGGGUUCCGGCUGCUAGACGACCUAGUGACCUGCGCCUCCCGGAACCCUUGCAGCUCCAGCCCGUGCAGCGGGGAGGCCGUAUGUGUCCCUGAUCCUCAGGGGAAAAGCUACGCAUGCCGCUGCCCCCAAGGCUUCCAACGGGACUCGAGUCAGCUGGGCUGUGUGGAUGUGGACGAGUGCCGGGAUGGCCCCUGUGCCCAGGAAUGUGUCAACACCCCUGGGGGCUUCCGCUGUGAAUGCUGGGUGGGCUACGAGCCGGGCGGCUCUGGAGAUGGGGCCUGUCGGGAUGUGGACGAGUGCGCCCCUGGCCGCUCGCCCUGCGCCCAGGGCUGCACCAACACCGACGGCUCAUUCCAUUGCUCCUGCGAGCAGGGCUAUGUCCUGGCCGGGGAGGACGGCACCCAGUGCCAGGACGUGGACGAGUGUGCGGGCCCUGGGGACAGCCCCUGUGACAGCCUGUGCUUCAACACACAGGGCUCCUUCCGCUGCGGCUGCCUGCCGGGCUGGGAGCUGGCCCCCGACGGGGUCUCCUGCACCAUGGGCCCUGCGUCCCUGGGACCACUGGCGGGGCCUUCCCAGGAGGAGGACAAGGGAGAGAGAGAGGGGAGCACCCUGGCCCCCGCCGCAACGCCCAGUGUCACCAGGGGCCCUGAGGGCACCUCUGAGGCAGCACCCACCUCCAGCAGGCCUUCCCUCCCACCCAACGGCCCCCUCACCUCUGCCCUGCCCGAGAUGUUGGCUCCCAGUGGGCCCCCUGGCGUCUCGAUGGAGCCCAGCACCCGCCACCCGACGGCCACCGCUGGCCACCGUGACUCUGCAGAUGGGGAUUUCGUGGCCACACAAAGCGAUGACGGCACUGACGGGCAAAAGCUGCUUUUGUUCUACAUCCUGGGCACUGUGGUGGCCAUCUUGCUUCUGCUGGCUCUGGCUCUAGGGCUGCUGGUCUACCGUAAACGGAGGGCGAAGCAGGAGGAGAAGAAGGAGAAGAAGCCCCAGAGCGCGGCGGACAGUUACUCCUGGGCCCCAGAGCGAGCCGAGAGCAGGGCCACGGAGAACCAGUACAGCCCGACACCUGGGACAGACUGCUGAAGGCGAGGUGGCCCCAGGGACACUUAGAGGUGGCAGCCACCAUCCUCAGAGCUUUGAACUCCCCAGUCCCAAGGGAGGACCCACAUCUUUGGAAAGACUGGACCAGAAUCUCAGCAAUCAUAAACCUUCUCCUACGAGCCUGGCGGUUUGGAAUGUGCAGGUAUUUUCCACACGUGUGUGGUGUUCCAGAAGUGGAAGCCGUGUGUUGGCCUGCCCGUUGUGGGGAUUUUGUGAAUGUUAACGAUUCUCACUCCUUCUCCCUUUUCCAAUCCCAAUGUGACUGCUUCUGGAUGGGGUGAGGAGUGAGCGCUAACGGGCUCCCUUGGAGCUGGCUUCUCUGCUCACUUUUCCCAUCUAGGAGGAAACGGCAGAUGCUAGUGCUCAUUAGGAUUGCUGUGAUUUGUUCCUCUUCCUAGCUAGAAACUAAGUGAACUAACUAUUUAAUUAGACAGGAGGCCUCCUCUGCUUGUCAGAGGGAUCGGAUUCUGGACAUACUCAUUGGCAUGCAUGCUUUCCCCAGCACAAGCCCUGCUGCUCGGAUCUUGUUGAAAUCCUCCGGGAUGACCAGAAGUGCAAUUAACUGCUUCGGCAGCAGAUAAUUGCUUAGGCAGCAAGGAAGCAGGACGUUUCAAAAUCACGUUCCCUAGUUCUUAAGUUUCUAAUAAUCUUGGGUUUAUUUGCGAUCAGGGUUUGAAAAGUUUCUUUAAGCGAGUUAAAGGUGUUUGUGAAAACAUACAACCCGAAAGGCUGGGUUGAGAGGGAGGCCAGGGAUUGGUUUCACAGAUACUUGAAUUUAUUUGUCUAAAUGUACCGAUAUUAACACACACUUGACUCCUGAUGAGAUAAACACAUAACAAGAAAAAAAGUCAAGGACAAUGUGCCUUCGUGCCAGGGCGGGCCCGAGAUGCCCGCCAGAGGCUCUGCCUCCAUUCGCCCUGCUCUGACUUUGGACCUUUGAGUGCAGAGGGGGGAAGCCCUGCAAAGUCUUCCGCACUGGCUGUUUGCUAAAGGAUGUGUGAGCGGGAGAUGAUAGGGUGUGUUUUGAAAGCUGUCAUUCUGAAGCACGUUGGCGGGGUUCACAGUUCACAGUGGAUCCCACAUUCUGAGAACUUGAAUCCUGACGUGUGGGUGUAACGCACAGGGACUCGCCAGGGAGGACGGUUAAGGAACUUUUGUCAUAUCUCUCAGAAAGGAGAAGGAAAGAAAAUAACCAAAAGCUUUUGCAACAGCAAAAAUUGCUCGAAGCCAUUUUAAUUUAUAUCCUCGUUUUAAAGAGUACAUUUGCAAAGAUUUUUCCCUUACGAUGUGGUUGAUAGCACUGUUCCUUCUCUCUCUCUCUCUCUCUCUUUCUGUCUCCCCUGGGGUGUUGGAAAGCAGGCCACCCCCCUCCCUGUUCACCGUGGUCAGAGUUGUUACAAGUUGUCUGAGUAUCUCUGGGAGGCCUUGAGUGUCCAGGGGCUUUUAGCUGCCACCAUGCAGGACAGCAGACAGAGGAAAUGUGUUUCCUUCCAAGGUUCCAAAGCCUUUGCCUUUCGGAGCCUGGGUGUCCUAUUGUUCCUGGUCUGGCCUUAGCAACACAUCUGUCCCAGAGGGCCACAGCCUGAGGGGGGCGGGAACUGAAUGCCCUCCAGGUGCACGGCCUUGGGAAUUAAGUAAAUAUCCUUUUAUCAAUUGUGAAAUGUAGAUGCUAUAGUUCAGAUUUUUGUUUUUAAGAAAAUGGAAAACUCAAAGGGUGGGGGAGAUGACAGGAAAGAUGGAGGCUUCCUAGGGUUCAGCGGGGCAUCUGCAACUUCUGUUUUUGAAAGUCAUCUCAUAGUCUCCAGUUUUCAGCUGGAAUUCCGAUGUUUGACACCGAAGGGAGACAAAGGCUGGGUCCAUUGGACAAAACUUCACUGGCCGCACGACCGUAGGCAAUCUGUUGAGAUGAGCAGUCUGUCGUUUGGAAAGCAAACGUCUGGCCAUUCCGAUGACACUCAAGGCAUGGCUGGAUGUGCUGCUAACCUAUAUCUGCACUUAAGGUAAAUAAAUGCAAGUGCAACACCUUUGCCUCUAGGCCUUUAAAAUUCGUGCCCUUAUGUGGGGUGAAGGAGACGUUUCUAUUCUAGGUUUCGCACAGCAACCCCAUGCACAGAUCUUGUGGGCCUUGAGUCUGCUGGGGUUCCAAAGCACCCUCUGGCUUUCACAGCAUUCUGAUUGCUCACACACCCCAGCGCAUCAUCUGGUCUCUGAAUUUUUCUGUAACUGGCAAUUUGCAGCCCCAUCACCAGCAGGGAGCCCCUCUGGGGGCCAUGGCAGUGGAUAAACAGAUGCCCACCAGCCAAGUGGCCAUUGACAAACCAUUGUUUAUCCAGAGGAGACAAUUGCUUGGCUGACUGA